GGAAGGGUGAUGGUAACUGUUAUGAAGUGAAGCCUGGAUUUAUCUCCAUUUUGCGCGUUGACCUGUCGAAGCACACGAGUAAUUGUGCUAGAUGGAGGAUUAUCUGCAAUUUCUCCAUGAUGCAUUUCAAAGGGAUUUGCUACUAAAACUUAUAAAUGAUCUGGUUGAAGGAAAAUGAAUAUGGGCGACGUCGGCUGCUAACUGGAUCAAUGAAAACCCAGAGAAUUAGAAAAUGGAAAUGGAUUGCUGUGCUUCUUCCGUCAGUCGAAGCACGGAUGGUUGACUCCGUGGCCAGUGGCUACUAGUACAUCUACAAGUACUCAUCCAACUGACACUAGCGCUGCGUUGAGCUGUCUCCCGCCCCGGCCUGGUAGAAUCGCCUCUUGGUCAAACUCGAGCUCUGCACGCCGUUGAAUAUGCCAGGAGGGGGAGGAGCUCUGGCGGUGGGCGCCGGCGUCAGCGCCGGCGUGGCCUCCGGCUACAGCAGCGAGAUCACGUUCACGGUGGUGAUGAGCUGCCUCAUGGCGGCCUCCGGCGGGCUCAUUUUCGGCUACGACAUCAGUAUUACAGGCGGGUUGACGCAGAUGCGGUCGUUCCUGGAGGCCUUCUUCCCGGAGAUCAUCAAGAAGGUGGAUAGCGCGCAGCAGGACGCCUACUGCAUCUUCGACAGCCAGGUGCUCACCACCUUCGUCUCCUCGCUCUACCUCGCCGGCGUCUUCGCCUGCCUGGUCGCCGGCCACGUCACGAGGAAGGUGGGCCGGAGGAACUCCAUGCUCAUCGGCGCCUCGUUCUUCUUGGUCGGCGCCAUCCUCAACUGCGCCGCUGUCAACAUCUACAUGCUCGUCAUCGGCCGCAUCUUCCUCGGUUUUGCUGUUGGCUUCACCAACCAGUCCGCACCUGUGUACUUGGCGGAGAUCGCGCCGGCGCGGUGGCGCGGGGCGUUCACGAGCAUCUUCCACUUCUUCCUCAACGUGGGUAUGUUCGUGGCCGACCUGGUCAACUACCGCGCCAACACAAUCCCAGGGUGGGGUUGGCGCCUCUCCCUCGGCGUUGGCAUCAUCCCGGCCGUCGUCAUCCUCGUCGGCGCCGUCUUCAUCCCGGACUCGCCCAACAGCCUCGUGUUGCGCGGGAAAGUCGCCGAGGCCCGCCACUCACUGCGUCGGAUCCGCGGGCCGGCCGCUGACGUCGACGUCGAGCUCAAGGACAUCAUGCGUGCCGCGGAGGAGGGCGGCCGACACAAGUCCGGCGCAUUCCGACGGAUCCUGAUGCGCGAGUACCGGCCCCACCUGGUCAUGGCGAUCUUCAUCCCGCUCUUCUUCGAGCUGACGGGUAUGAUCGUGGUCACGCUCUUCGCGCCGCUCCUCUUCUUCACCAUCGGGUUCACGAGCCAGAAGGCCAUUCUCGGCUCCAUCAUCACCGACGUCGUCAGCCUGGCGUCCAUCUCCGUGGCCGCGCUCUCCGUCGACCGCUUCGGACGCCGCUUCCUCUUCAAGCUGGGCGGUGGCAUCCUGCUCGUGUGCCUAGUGGGGAUGACGUGGAUCUUCGGCGCAGAGCUGGGCAGCAACGGCGGGAAGGCGAUGCCGAGGCCCUACGCGGUGGCCGUGGUGGCGCUGGUGUGCCUCUUCGUGGCCGGGUUCGGCAUCUCCUGGGGGCCGCUCAAGUGGAUCAUCCCCAGUGAGAUCUUCCCGCUCGAGGUGAGGUCCGCGGGGCAGAGCAUGAGUGAGUCCAUCUCGCUCACGCUCACCUUCGUGCAGACGCAGUCCUUCCUCGCCAUGCUAUGCAGCUUCAAGUAUGGCUCCUUCGCCUACAAUGCCGCUUGGGUCGUCGUCAUGACGGCAUUCAUCAUCGCCUUCCUUCCAGAGACCAAGGGCGUGCCCAUAGAGGCCAUGGGUGCGGUCUGGUCACGCCAUUGGUACUGGAAACGCUUCGUCAAACCGGCACCGGAGCCCACGCCCGCACCAGACAAACUGGCUGACGGGUCGCUUGAAAUGUAAGAGGCUCUGACGUGAUUGUAGGAGGUUUGACUUGUCCUGUUGUAAUAUACCGCAACAACACCAGCUCUGGUUACUGUACUUCCACUACAAGUAGUGCCUAUAUUUUUUCAGAAAAAAUGUAGUGUCAGUUGUCAAAGGUUGAUGGCCCUUCAUUUUCGCGUGGUCUAUUUUCAAAAAGAAAUUUAUGGUAGGAGCUGUCAAGCAAAGGUGUACUUAUCUCCCUAAAAAAGGUGUACUUAUCAUAGUUUGUAGUUUAGUGACAGUGUUGGUGUGCUACAACAUUUGAACAUGUUAUAUAUAAGUGUUUUUA